GAUGAACAAAUUUGAUAGAGAACUGCACUGAAAAACAUUCUAACAAGAGAUGAAUCAGAGGGGAAAAAAGAACUCUACUAUCAUUUAAAGGAUCACUUGGAAGUCAUUGCAUUUUAGGAAGAGAUAGAAUGACAUUAUUGAUUCACUCACCCUGAAAAGAAUUAACUAUCAUCAAUAGAAGAUCUUUCAUUAACUAACAGUGUAAAAUGGUUAUUCUGUCGCUGUGAAGCUUGUCUGAGUUCAGAGGUUCCAAGAAUUUAUGUUUAACUUUACGUUGAUCGGAAGAACAAAAAAACAAUUUGAUCUUGAGUAAAGUUUAAUAAAAGAACAAAAGCUUGAAGUAAAUAAAAAAAAAACAGAAGUUAUAGAAUUGAAGAAGACUCAUUCAUCUUUCAAUAGAUUGAGAUAGACCGAGUGGUGCCAAAAGUAUAAAUCUUCUGAAGCAGUGGGGUAAAGAAAGCUUCCAAGAUGACUGAAAGGAGAAACUUCCGGUCUCACUACUAUGAGAAGGUUGGAUUCCGGGGAGUGGAAGAGAAGAAAUCUUUGGAGAUCCUCCUUAGUGAAGACCCUGUCGACAUUGACAAGCUUGGUAAAUUCUGUGCAAGGUUCUCUGUCCCUGCUAUGUUUAGACCACUUGUCUGGAAGCUUAUCUUGGGCAUCCUGCCCCCACACCCAAGCAUCCAUGAUUUCGUCUGGCAGCAACGGACAGAACAGUUCAAUGACCUCCAUCGGGGGUUAAAGGUCAUGUCAUCAAUCAACGAGGAAACUCCCAUGAGCCUUUGCUUUCUCAAGAUGUUCUUAUUGGAGGAAGGAAGGCUGCCGUUGGAGGAUGAGAAACUUCCAGAAAAUGAUGAGCAUGACCUGUUUGUUACCAUAGCAACCGCAUCGAUUGAGAUGAAUGAUGAAGAUGACUUAGAGUCCUACUGGACGGCUGUAUGCGUUUUCAGGCUUGGACGCAAGAUGAAGGAUCAGAUUAGGAUCAUGCCAAGUACAUUCAAGACUAUUCUAAAAAAGGAGGACCCAGAGUUGUACAAUCAUCUGCUAAUUAUUAGUAGUCUGGAGAAGCUUCCAUAUUCCUCCUGGUUCAACGCACUGUAUGCUGGAGUACUUCCCACGGAUGCAUUAAAGCGUGUUUGGGAUCGUGUACUAGGAGGAGCUAGUCGGGUCCUGAUCUACGUGGCUCUCACUCAGCUCUUAACACAUCGUAAGACACUGAUGGGAAUAGGGACGGCAGAUCUUGUGUCUCAAUAUCUACACCAGAUGCCAUUAGACAAUGCUGAAGUUCUUGUCAAUGAAGCCAUUGAAUUCUGGGAAAAGGAUGGUAGUCACCUGAGACCAGAGCAAUCAGUCACAUGAUCAAUCACAUGACCUUGGACUAUGUAUGAGCAGUAUUAGACUCUUCUGUUUAAAGAAGCCAUCCACAUAGAGGCGUGUGGAAAGUGUGCUUUUGCACCGUCUGAUUGGUCAUGAGUGGUCACAUGAUAAUGACACUGAAGGAAAGUCUGCUGCCACAGAUUGUGAUUGGUCAACCAAGGGUCACAUGAUAAGGGACUUUAUCAGGAAAGAUGCUUGAAAUUGUCAAAGGAUGAUGAAAAUGCCUUGUGGUUUGAAAUUAUUUUGAGGUUCUUAAAGACUAGAAAGAAUUAUCUUGUAUAAAGCUUUGUUCUUGAAG